CAGGAGUUUCGCAGAGGCCUUCUGCCCGAUUACAGGAACACAAAACUGGGCACACGAAUUAGGAUACAAAGCCGAGGGGUUUGUCCCUUGACAGAGAAGCGCCUUUGUGCACACUGACACGCUUUGCUGCAGAAAUCGGAAAAGCUGGGCAACGUCAGGAUAAUGUAUACAGGCAUUCUCUCCUUUGUGUUGAUUGUAAACGUCUGUUUCUCAUUCUUGGGUUAACUUAAACAAUUGCAACUAUUUAAAUCCCGGAGAAAUAGAUCAAAAAACGCAUAUACAUAUUUCAAUCGCCUUGCACUGCCUUGAUGUUUUAUUGCACUGUACCAACUCACCGACGCAAAUCGUCUGGUGAUAGAGCGGUGCGGGGUUUGAUGCCCGCGUGUGGCACCUUUGAUGUGGGUCACAAAAUCCGAACCGUGCGGUGGGCACGGUGGGCACACCGGGCACACCGCAUCGGGUCACGCUAACUGGGGGACUGCACUGGGAUGCACACUUUUGUUGUUGUAGCAACUUGUUGCAGAAACUUGUUGCACACAUGUAUGUCGAGUUGUCGCUUGUCCGUGUGCGUAAAAUAACUGCACAGCCCUCGACAGUGCACCAGUAUUAGUUGCAGUAACUUUACGCGUAAUAGGCUUUCGCAUUGUGUCGCAGGCCACUCACUGUUCCAUAAUGACGCGAGACCUCUCGCACCGAGUGUAGGAAUGACAGAGGACAGCGCGGUCCACCUGGCGCCCUCGGAACAGAAACCCGAUUUCGGCUCUGGAACGAAGAGGCGAGCAAACUCACCGCGCUGCACAGAUGUAACGGCAGCGAGCUGUUCAUCUGGGAAGCCUGAACACAACAAAAAUCAUUCCUUUCCAGAGCUCACGCACUCCUUCCAGCCCUCCCCGCGCAACUCCCCCCCCCCCUCCCAUCUGUUGUGCAGCGCAAGCAUCUGUCAUUACUACAAGUUAAUGUAUUCACAUUUGUGAAUACGGCCCGGAAAGGCAGUUGGGAGCAGGCGGGCCCUGGCUGCUCACGCCGCCCACCAGCUCACGCUGCAUUGGCUCACGGCCUCGGGGCCCUCGCAUAUAAAGCGGGCGCGGGGUGAGUGCUCAGAACCACAGAGAUCCUGACGCUCGCUCGGCGUAGCUCCUCCAGGAUCCUACUGGGACAUUGCUUCGCACGUUCCGAGUGAAGACGGCUCUUGAGUGAAACGCAUGAGCUAGCUUAACCAUCAUCGCAUCAAAACAGUUAUUUUUUACAAAACACCCGAUUUUUAAACACUGGACAGGAACAUCAGUAGGACGCAGCACUGAUGUAAAUACCACACUGCGACUCUUCCUGGGAAAAGAGACAUUGGAUCUAAGGAUGGCACUCUCGCACCUCCUGCUCACUUUGGUCGUCUCUCUCUGCCUGGUGCAGCUGGCACUAUCCGCUGGGAUUUUCGAACUCAAACUGCAAGAAAUCAUCAACAGCAACGCGUUCCGCGCCAGCGGCGCCUGCUGCAAGUCUGGCUCUCCGCCGUCCUCGUUCUGCGAGUGCCGGACCUUCUUCCGAGUGUGCCUCAAGCACUACCAGACGCACAUCACGCCCGACUCGCCGUGCACCUUCGGCAGCGUCCUCACCCCGGUGCUGGGAUCCAACUCUUUUCGCGUCCACGACGUGCGCGGCUUCGCCAACCCGAUCACCUUUCCCUUCAGCUUCACGUGGCCGGGAACCUUCUCGCUGAUCAUCGAGGCCUGGCACGCGGAGGCGUCCGAUAUGUCCACCGACCACCCGGAGCGCCUCAUCAGCCGCCUGGCCACGCAGCGCCACUUGAGCGUGGGGGAGGACUGGUCCCAGGACACGCACGUGAGCCGGCACAGCGAGCUGCGCUACUCGUACCGCGUCGUGUGCGCCGAGCACUACUACGGCGAGGGCUGCUCCACCUACUGCCGCGCCAGGGACGACACCUUCGGUCACUUCUCGUGCGACGAGGCCGGGCAGAAGCUCUGCCUGCCGGGCUGGCGAGGUCCCUACUGCUCAGAAGCUGUGUGCCUGCCAGGAUGCAGCGACUCUCACGGAUACUGCGACAGGCCCGGAGAGUGCAAGUGUCGCGUGGGCUGGCAGGGCCGCCACUGCGAGGAGUGCAUCCGCUACCCGGGCUGCGUGCACGGCACCUGCCAGCAGCCGUGGCAAUGCACCUGCAAGGAAGGCUGGGGCGGCCUCUUCUGCAACCAAGAUCUCAACUACUGCACGCACCACAAGCCGUGCCAGAACGGCGCCUCCUGCACCAACGUGGGCCAGGGCAGCUACAGCUGCAUGUGCAAGCCGGGCUUCACUGGCACCAACUGCGAGGUCGACACCAACGAGUGCGAGGGGAACCCGUGCCGUAACGGGGGCAGCUGCCUGGACCUGGACAACGACUACACCUGCUCGUGCCCGCCGGGCUUCUACGGCAAGAACUGCGACCUGAGCGCCAUGACGUGCGCGGACGCCCCCUGCUUCAACGCGGGCAGCUGCCGCGACCGCCCCCAGGGCGGCUACUCGUGCGCGUGUCCCCCCGGCUACACGGGCUUCAACUGCGAGAAAAAAGUGGACCAGUGCAGCAACAACCCCUGCGCGAACGGUGGGCAGUGCGAGGACAGCGGCAGCUCCUACCUGUGCCGCUGCAGGGCGGGCUUCGCGGGCUCCCGGUGCGAGCGCAACGUGGACGACUGCGCGCGCCUGCCGUGCCUCAACGGCGGCACGUGCCACGACCGCGUCAACAGCUUCGUGUGCAGCUGCCCCUCGGGCUUCACGGGCAGGGAGUGCGCCGUGGCCGUGAGCCCGUGCGCGCUCACGCCCUGCUUCAACGGGGGCACGUGCCUGCCCAAGCAAGGCGGAGGCGCGGCCUGCGAGUGUCCCCUGGGCUUCAUGGGCUCGCGAUGCGAGGAGAGUCUCAUGUCGCCGCCGCUCGCCGUCGAGAUGCCGGACGCCGAGAGGCAGGAGGCGGACUCGGGCUCCGUGUUCGUGCUGUGCGCCGCGCUGGGGCUCGUCUUCCUGCUGCUCAUCGCCGCCGUCCUCACGUUCCUGCUCCGACAGCUGCGCCUUCGCAUCUCUUCGGCGACUCACGCCCCGGACACGGAGACCAUGAACAACCUGAGCGACUGCCAGAAGGAGAAAGAGCUGGCCAUCAACGUGAUCGUGACGUCCGAGCUAAAAAACACGAACAAGCAGCUGGGCGCCGAGGGAGACUGCGGCGCCAGGAAAUCAAACUAUAAAAUCAAAUACCAGGGCAUCGACUACAAGAGCAGCGUCUCGGAAGCCGCGAGCAACCAGGCCGAGGUGGCGGAGAGCAAGGCGGCGGGGAAGAGCAAGCGGGCGAGCUUUGAGUCCGGCUGCACCGAGUCGUCUUCCUCUUCCUCCUCCUCAGCGCCGAACCACACGUCCGUGUACAUCAGCUCGAUCACGCAGAACGAGUGCAUCAUUGCGACGGAGGUGUGAAGACGGAGAGAUCUGGCGACGCCUGCCUCCGUGUGACGCCGCAGAGCGCUCGCCCCACGCGCGGCGCGCGAUGCGGGAUGAGCUCAUCGCGGUGCCAACGCAGACGCGGUCACGGCGCGCUGUACACGAAAGCAUGGCUCCCCCAACACACACACACCCGCGCCUCCUUAACUAUGGAAUUGAAUAAAUAUUUAUACAGAACGAGUGGGCAGUUCCCCUGGUGCAUUUGCACUAUCGUGAAGAGACUGCAGCUUCUCUGGAUCACUACUCUCAAAGCCAGGAGACGCUGCCCAUCACCGCUGUUCACCCGACACCAAACUUUCACGCGAGAAGUGCUCACGGCACUUGCCGGGCUGCGCCUUUGCUCAAUGUGACUUGGCCCUGCCGAGUUUAUUUGUUUGUACAAACCACGCGAAGAUGAAGACAAAACGCCGACCCGCUACUCCAUGAGCGAGCAACGAUGAUGACAUUGAUUAUGACGAUAUUGAUGAUGAUGAUGACAUUGAUGAUGAUAUCGAUGAUGACGAUGUAAUUGUGAGAUCUGUCAUUAAUGCAGAGACAAAUGUCUUAAAGACGAUUGGAUAUUUGGGUAUUUUGUCAGUUUAAUGAAAUAAUUGUAAUAUAUAUGUAUAUUUAUUUGUAAUAUUUAUGUAAAUGCAAAGUACUGAAGCUUUAUAAAAACAAAUAAAAAAUGACAAAUGUAAAUGUAAGUUAUUUAUUUUUGACUAUUUUUGAAAAGAAACUGUUUUUAAAAUAUUUCUUUUAUAGCUGCACGUGUUAGAUGUUUAAAUGCCUAUUUAAAUUAUGAAUAAAUGAAUAAACAAACA